AUGGUGAGGAAGAGCAAGGGGCGGCAAAAGAUCGAGAUGGUGAAGAUGCUAAACGACAGCAACCUCCAAGUGACCUUCUCGAAACGCCGCUCCGGCCUCUUCAAAAAAGCAAGUGAGCUUUGCACCCUAUGCGGCGCCGAGAUCGCCAUUAUUGUCUUCUCGCCCGGAAAGAAGGUCUUCUCCUUCGGCCACCCGGGUGUGGAGACUGUUGUUGAUCGGGUCCUCACUCGAAACCCGCCUCAAAACUCUGGCACACUCCAGAUGAUUGAGGCGCACAGAAACGCCAGCGUCCGGGAGCUCAACGUGCAACUCACUCAGGUCACGAACCAGUUGGAGGCGGAGAAGAAGCACGGCGAGGAACUGAACCGAAUGCAUAAAGCAAACCAGGCCGGCGGACAGUGCUGGUGGGAGGCGCCUAUUGAACAGCUAGGGUUGCCACAGCUUGAGCAGUUGAAGGUGUCUCUACAGGAGCUGCAAAAGAACGUGGGAAAGCAGGCUGAUAGACUUCUGACUCAGACUUCAAAUCCUUCUCCAUUUUUCGCAGCAGGGAAUUCCAAUCAAGGAGUACUAGCUCCUUAUAAUGAUAUAAAGAUCCCUUUUGACACAAAGAACAAUAUUGUCGGGUUAAGCGGGAAUGCGAUGCACCAAGCAUACAAAUUGGGAUAUGGACGUGGGGUUUUCUGA